UAAUUCCCUCCUCAUGCCUGCGGUUUUCAACUCUGAGAGGAAACUUGAAUUACUCGCCCGAGAUUAGCUGUAGCGUGUAGUCUGAGACAUCACAGUAAGAGGGUAGGAUUUUGGAAAAUCAUUGUUGUCCCUAGGCAGCAUUCCUUACACUAAUGCAAGACGCAAUGGAAAGGUUAGUUGUUUUCAUUGUUUUCAAUACAAAUCUAGCCGUCAUCUCUAGCUCCUCGGCUGUGAAAAUUGUUGUGCCUCCUCUCCAUGCGAAGCAAUUUGCUACUCUAACAAUAACCCUCCAUUUUUCUGGAAGAACUUGGAUUUUAGCUUAAUAAACUUAUGCUUCUUCACACUGAAAUAAAUUCCGGAGAUCACAAACAAAAGACAUGAGAAACAAGAGCCGAGACCUGCAAGGUUACAUUUAAUUAAAUGUAAAUGUUGAAGGGAGCAUAGCACUUAUCAAUUAAUUAUACUCUAGAGCAGAGGACUUACUUACCUUGGGUGAGCUGUGCAGGGCCCGGAAAUACUUUGAUAUGUUGUGGGAUGUAACCUCCUCAGCCACUUCCUUUUUCCUGUGGUAAUUAUAUUCCUGGGUUGUCUUUGAAAUUUCAUAAUGAUGAGUGUCAAAAGAUAGGUAGAUAGACUGACUUUCAUAAUAUGUCCAAUAGAUAGAUAUACGAUUGCGUGUUAAGAGAACCUUUACCAAUUUUGAUUUUUAUAUGGUAUUCCUGUUUUGUACUUGUGUGGAUUCUGGGAGUACUUGGAUUGGAUAUAGUUUAGGCAAAUAGAGACAAUUCUUGUGUAGGAAUAGAAAUUAGAAUUGUGGAAACUUGAUGAGUGCAUCCUGCCCUGUCGUGUGCUGCUGCUGAGUUCGUGUCCAUGUUGAAAGACAGAACUGGGUACCCCAUAGUGGAGCCUGCUCAUAUGGAGUUGGCGGAACCAUCAAUUCAUGUUGCAUUCAAUUCCUGUGUUAUCAGGGGCCAAUCGGGUAAUUGUGAGCCCAUUUUUCCUCUUACCUGGAAGACAUUUGAACCAGGAUAUUCCAUACCUGACAGCCGAAGCUGCAAAGGAGCAUCCUGGUGUCUCAUAUAUAGUAACGACACCUCUUGGCCUCCAUCCGCUACUCGUGGUUUUCCACACAGAUAUGAGGUGUUCGAUUGAGAAUCCUUAUAUCUAAAAGUCAAUGCCCGGAAAGGUGCAAGGUGCCACAUGUUGGUUACCUGGCAGAUAAGAAGAUUUGCUCAAGUAGAAGUGUUGAUUUGGCAUAGCUGUUAAGGCAUGAUAUUUGUCUUUUGAAAUUUUAGCAUGUUUUGUUUCAGAUACUUUCUUCAUUUAGCCAUGAGAGGAAGAAGUUUCAUUAGCUGCUCUUUGACUGACCAAUGUUCUAAUUAUUUUCCAUUUGGAAAAUUUAGUAUCAUAUGUUGUAUAAAUGUUGUUUCUUCUGUGGUGCAGCUGCAUUUUUUUUUGGUUAUGUCAGAGCUACAAAGGACCUUGUUGGUUCGAGUGAACAUGAUAAAGUAGGACCAGACUUCUUUGGUUACUAUACACGUUUAAUUACAGAGUUGUUAUCACAAGAAGAAGAUUUUGCACCUUUUGCUUCCCAAUCCUCCGAUCUAUCUCAAAGAAGAAGUGGGGAUGUUAGUGGGAAGGAUGUUAUUGAGCCCAGUUAUGGUACUUCUGGUUCUUUAUUUGGUAACAGCAUAGGAACUGGGCUAUCAGAUUUCAAAAAGAAAAGAUUGAAGUCAUUGCUGAGGCAGGGUGUGAAUUUUCUUUUAUCAGAAGUUGAUGAGAUGCUAGAACCAGUUGUUGCUAUCAGCCGGUUAAAAUCUCAGCUAAAGAGAAGAAAGUGUCUAUCGUCUUCAAAAGGUACAUUAUCUGACAUUGAUGCAAGGAAUGCUCACGCUAAGAGACCAAAGAGAUCUUCUUCGUUCUCUUCAACCAGUCUCCCUGCACUUUCCAUUCCUACCAAUCUCGAGUCUAGCAAAGAGAACUGUGCUCAUGUCCUCACAACAGAAACAGCUAGGAUGAUAGCUGUUCAGGAGGAACCAAAGGUGGCUAACAUUCUCCUUACUGCCCUUCUAUUUGUGGGGUUGUGUCACAUCCAAAAGGUUGAUGAUCAUUUGCAGUUCCUUAUAGAGAAGGAUAGCUUGCAUGUUGAGAAGACAGUGAAGAAAUAUUCUGAUGAAUUUUCUGCAACACUAGGGCACAUGGAACAGCAGCUUGAAAAACUUCUUGAUACUGUGAUGGCUUCGUGCAGAAAUGCUCCAACAAUAGGAACGCAGCUUGUACAAAUUCCUCUGAUGAAAUUCAUGUGGAUCUUGAAAAAGAGAGUAAUGUAACACUUUGGAGAUUGUAUUAUUAUGUUGAAGCAGUUGAGAAGGCUAGAAAGCUAGCCAAGUAGCUUAAUCUGAAAAAUGCUCUAAUACGCCUAUAUGAAACCAACGGAAGUUCGCUGUACCGGGGAUGAAAUUUUCUUUUGCUUAACGAAGAUAGUAGUCUAGUCAUCAGUAGUACCCAAAAGGUAAAAAAGGGAGAUAGCAGUCAUCAGGUUUUCUUUCUCACUGGUUCAACAAGUAAUUUCUGCCCCAUCUGCUCACUUCGAUUUUUUAUGCAGAAAUCUUCCACUAGACCACAGAAUUUUGGUAAAAAUAUACAAAAUUGAGUAUCUAAUCUUGACCAGUAAAUUUGAUGAUUUUGGCCAUUAUGGUCCAGAAGUGCAAUAUUUUUGGAGCACCUCAAGAGUUCAGACGUAUGCGAGAUGAAGUUUUGAUAUAAUUUUUUUCAUUUGUAAUUGGCCUCAUUCUCUGCACAAUAUGGGUUGGCAUCGCACAUUGUACAUCUUUUACUUAUACUGAGUACAGAAGGUUACGAAAUUCAAGGUUAUGGAAUUCUUUGUAAACUUCUAUCACGAUCCUCUUGAGUUAAAUAUAAGAAUAGAAUAAGCCAGUUUGUCUCAAA